AUGGAGGAGCGGCGGGGCCGUCGGCGCCAGCCGCACGGGUCGACGCCGCGCGAGCUGCCGCGCAAGAUUGAGCUGCCGCAACAGGAGCACGAGGCGUCGCGGGCGGUGCUGCGGGAGCGGGCGCAGCUGCGUGACGCGCAGGAGGAGCGGUAUGGCCCGCACACGCCCGCGGUGCGCGCGCUCGAGGCGGGCCUCAACGCCGCCUUUGACGCCAUCUCGCACAAGGAGCUCCCGGCGCUGUGGCCGUCGGUGCCACUCUGCGGGGCCUCCAGUGCGAGCGUGCAACUAGGGUGGCGAGGCUCUGUGUAA